UAGUUCAUUCUUUGGAUAUUUUAGACAGACAUUCUCUCUUGAGCCCUCCCUAGGGAAUGGUCUACUCCUUUUCCAUGGCCAUGGACAUCCCAUACUAAUGCCUGGACAUGUUAGGAAUAGCAUAUAUAGAAUACAAGUGUCGCAUUCACCUGAUAAACUCUUGACACACUGUAACUGGGUAGCAACUGAGCCUCCUCUCUCUCUCUCUCUCUCUCUCUCUCUCUCUCUCUCUCUCUCUCUCUCUCUCUCUCUGUUUUAUAUGAGGUGGAUUUAGACAAGACAAGGAAAGCAACAGACAUGGCUGCCAACAAGUUUGCAACCAUGUUGCACAGGAACACCCACAGAAUUGUAGCCAUUCUGGUGUAUGCUGUCCUCGAAUGGUUUCUCAUCUCAAUGCUUCUGCUGAACUCUUUGUUUGGCUAUCUCAUCUCAAAGUUUGCUGACUUCUUCGGCCUUAAGCCUCCAUGCCCGUUGUGCUGCAGAAUCGGCCGCGUAUUGGAGCAUGGCAAGAAAGCAGAUUACUCUUUUGUCGACGAGGUGUGCGAGACCCAUGCUGCUGAGAUUUCCAAGUUGAGUUACUGUAUAAAUCAUCAUAAGUUGGCCGAAUCACAAGGUAUGUGCAACAACUGCUUCGCCUCUGGGCCAGUUCCGGACACAUCAAACGGAACGACGAGGACAGCUUUUGUCUCUAUCAUGACGGAGGAUACAUGCCAGAAUGGAGAUGACAUUUUAAGGUGCUCGUGCUGCAAAGAGAACUUAACCGGAAAAUGGCACCCUUCUUGUUUGCUAUGGAAGCCUUCUUGGAGCGCUUCGGAUGUUAUCCAGAAAGGAGGCCUCUUAAUAGAUGAAAUGGUUGAUGAGAAUGCAGGAACCAAAUGUGAACAGCUGAAGAAACCUGAUGGACUGCAAAAUCAGAGGGAAAGUUUGCGUGAGAUAGAAGAUCACAAUGAUGAAGCUGAAGGCGUAUCGGAGGAGCAUCAGGUACUUUCUGACGUUGAUAGUUUUAGUUUUCGAGAAGCAUCCGAGGAAGAUUAUUCAAAGUCCUUGUCGAGUAUACUGUGGAAUGAAAAGGAAGACACUAAUGAGGACAUUAAGGAUGCUACGUCGGAGGUUGUAGAGAAGUACUCCUACAGCGUGAGCAAUAGGAGUCCGACUUCCAAAGGAAAGAGCACAAUAUCUUGUCAUAACGAAGAUGAUUUACUCAAUGCCAUUGAUCUGCAACACAAGGACUAUGAUGCUUGCGAUUGGCAUCGGGUGAUCCCUUUGGAUCUGAUAGAUUACUCCACCAAUGAAAACACGAAGUUUCACGCCUUGGUAGAGGAACAUCUGCGCAAGUGCGAUCAUCAUCACGAGGCAGCUUUCACUUCGAAUUUGGUUUUCGAGACCGAAAUCGGUCUCUUAGGAGAGUCAUUCAUAGUGGAUGAGAACAUAAAGAAGUCGGCCUAUGCUGAGAUGAAGGAAUUGGGAAUUUACAUGGUUGAUGUUGAGAGUGCUUCAAUUCUCCCAUCUGAAGAGGGGAAAUUAGAACACGAAGAUGCUUCAGUUGCUCCAGCAGCUCAAAAAUUGGAAGCUGAUAAUGACAAGAUUGAAGCAGAUGGGAUGGAAGAAUCAAACAAACCAACAGUAAUUCAUUUUUGGCCAGGUGCCGUAUUGAAGGAUGAAAUGUGUUGCAUUGAAAUAGCAACAGAUCUCACCGUGAGAAGCACAAAAGUUCCCACUUCCGAUCAGUCACACCCUCAAGAACUACUUACUUCAUUAAAACUCUCGAAAGAAAAUUUCUCUCUCGUAAAGGGCCAGAAUGUUGAAGUCACCGACAUCUCAAGUGAGUUUGGACCUCAGGAUGGACAUGAUUGUCGUGUAGGCACGCUUCCUCCAGGCACAGCAGAUGCAGUAAAGAGUUAUGUGCAAGAUACCGUGUUGACCGACGAGAUUCAAGCAAAUCCAAUAAAUUUCCAGCCAACGGAGCCUGAAGUUGAUGAAGAAAAGUUUCCUGAAACACCAACCUCGGUGGAAAGUCUCCAUUAUUUACACAAGAAAUUACUGCUGUCCGAGAAAAGAGAAUCUUCUAUGGAGGAGUCGUUGGACGGAAGCGUGCUCAGUGAGAUGGAAGUUGGUGAUGCGGCGAUAUCCAUCGAAAGGCUCAAGACGGCUUUAAAAGCAGAGCGAAAAGCUCUGAGUGCAUUAUACGCUGAACUAGAGGAGGAGAGGAGCGCCUCUGCAGUGGCCACCAACCAGACCAUGGCUAUGAUCACGAGGCUUCAAGAGGAGAAGGCGGCAAUGCAAAUGGAAGCACUGCAAUACCAGAGGAUGAUGGAAGAACAGUCCGAGUAUGACCAGGAAGCCUUGCAGCUUCUAAACGAGCUCAUGAUCAAGAGAGAAAGAGAGAAGGAAGAACUUGAGAAAGAGUUGGUCAUGUACCGUCAGAAAGUUUCAGAUUAUGAGGCCAAGGAGAGGAUGAGAGCAAUGAGAAACAACAGUCCUGAAAAUUGGAGCAGUAAGAGCUCGUCCGACUUCGGCAAUAAUGCAGAAGAUGGCGACAAUCUAUACAUUGAUCUGAACCGUGAGCUGAGAGACAAUGAUGCUGGCAACCUCUGUGGCCACCAAGGACUUAAUUCCCCCAACAAUACUCCGACCGAUGAAGUUCUAAACUUGGAGGAGAUGGCACUAGAUUGCGUGAAGCACAUGACUUCACUUGAUGACUCCUUGGCAGAAUUCGAGGAAGAGAGACUGUCCAUUCUCGAUCAACUGAAGGAAUUGGAGGAGAAGCUUCUCAUAAUGAGCAGCAACGAAGAGUUCGUGAAUGACAAAAACUUGAACGAGCAAUUCUCAAACUAUGAUGAGAACGACUCUGAUGAGCAUCACAAUUUAACUUGCCAAGAACAAAACGGGGUUUUGGACGUACUUCCGAAAGAACCAAAUGAAAACUACCAUCCUGAAAAGGAGACAAUGUGCUUGAUGGCGAAAAGACUGCUUCCUCUUUUGGAUGCCACAGAAACUGAAUAUGAAGAUGGUAUGAUUGUUCAGGAUCCAGGUGAAAACAUCUCCAGCUUUGAGGAGGACGGGAAGAAAUUAGCCAUCGAGGAGGAGGUCGACCACGUCUACGAGAGGCUACAAGCCCUCGAAGCAGAUAGAGAAUUUCUAAAGCAUUGUAUGAACUCCAUUCAGAAGGGUGACAAGGGGAUGAAUCUUCUCCAAGAAAUACUGCAACACCUCCGCGACUUGAAGAGCGUCGAGCUCCGUUCGAGGAAUAUGGAUGAGGGCAACUAAGGUGAUGAUUUGCUUAAUCAAUCUCCUAAUCACGUGUGCUUGCUCUUAUAUCUUGUUCUCUUCUGUUACGAUUUGCUGAAUUGCGAAGCAGGAAAUUUUGUCACCCGAGUCUGUUCAUAUGCUUCAUCCUCUGGUAAUGGCAUGUUGUUUGAUAGACCUUGGUCGAAUUGAGUGGUUCGAGAAAACAAGGUUGCUCCCAAUAUUAGAGUAAAACUACUUGGCUGUGUUCUUCUACAUUGUAACAUCAGGAAGAAGUUGGUUUGAAUA